UCAGGAGGAUCGAGCUCUCCAGGAUCGAGUAAGAACAGACCUGGAAGGGGAGAAAGCAGAAGGAACGAGGCCUGGAGGGCAUUGGAAGAAUCACUUGGACAUAAUCACCUCUCACUGACCCAUCAGUGGGUUUGGUUCACGUUACCCUCGCCCAGAGUUUCUUGCCUGUGACAGCCAGGAUGGUGGGGUUAAAGCCAUCCAAUUUGCCUCCCACCCCAGGAGUGCAGUUCCUGAGUGCUGGGACUGCUGCCUGUAUCGCAGAUCUCAUCACAUUCCCCCUGGACACAGCCAAAGUCAGGUUACAGAUUCAAGGAGAAGUGAAAGGAGCACAAAUAGCGGUGACUGGCAAAAGUAUAAGAUAUCAUGGGGUUCUGGGGACUAUCACCACAAUGAUCAAAACAGAGGGGCCAAGGAGUCUGUACAGUGGACUGGUGGCCGGGCUUCAAAGGCAGAUGAGCUUUGCUUCCAUAAGAAUUGGGCUUUAUGACUCCGUAAAGCAAUUUUACACAAGAGGCAAUGACCAUGCCAGCAUUGGUACACGAAUCUUGGCGGGAUGCACCACGGGAGGACUCGCCGUGGCAUUGGCUCAACCCACGGAUGUAGUGAAAGUUCGUUUCCAAGCACAUAAGAGCUUAAGCGGUGCUCAGAAACGAUACAGUAGCACACUUCAGGCAUAUAGAACUAUUGCCAAAGAGGAGGGAGUGAGAGGACUCUGGAAAGGAACUUUCCCUAACAUUACUCGAAACGCCAUUGUUAACUGUUCAGAACUUGUAACUUACGACAUCAUUAAGGAUACCAUCCUGAAGAAUAAGCUAAUGACAGAUAAUUUGCCCUGUCACUUCCUGUCAGCCUUCGGUGCAGGAUUUUGCACCACGGUGAUAGCUUCUCCUGUUGAUGUUGUAAAGACAAGAUACAUGAACUCUUCACCUGGACAGUAUAAGAGCGCACUCAAUUGCGCCUGGACCAUGCUGAUUAAAGAAGGACCCACAGCCUUCUACAAAGGGUUUGUUCCUUCUUAUCUACGCCUUGGCUCAUGGAAUGUGAUAAUGUUUGUGUCUUAUGAACAACUGAAAAGGGCAAUGAUGAUGACUAGACAAACUGUGGACUGUACCACAUGAUUCCUUGGAUGAAAAAGGGAACAUCAAAAUGCAAGCUACUUCUCUGCACCAUUAAAUCUGCCUCAGUUGUGGACAUUGAGAACUGGUAGAAAUAUGGUCAUGUCUGACAAGGAAUUCCAAUAUUUAAGAAAACUAUUUAACAUGAGGAUUAGUGAACAGCGAACAUGCAUAAGAGCAUUUAAGAAUGGAAAGCGAUGUUUCACAAUAACCAAUGAUCUAUUGUUCUCAGGGUUAUGAAUUAAUGUGUUUAAUGAAGUAAUUUUUCAUCUCAGUCUGGUCCUAUUCCUAUAUUCUGCAAUAUUAAUUUCAGUUUGUUCCUGGACAAAAUCAAUUGCUUCCAAUGGACAGUUCCAUUCUAAUAUAAAUCCGUUUAUAUAAAUUUAUAGCUAUAAGCUUCAUGAAGUACAGUAAACUCUGGAUAACUCAUCCACCCAAGAGAAAAGGGCUCAGUGACGAAUUAGGCAUAGAUCCUCCCAGGCCACAAAGGGGCGGUGUGACUAGUGGGGACGCACAGCAGAGGUUGGGCAUGGAUGCUCGAAGGCAUCACAGAGGUCUCUGGUCUGUUUGAGGGUCGUGUUGUGGUCUCCUGCCCUAUCCUCUCACAGGAUAAAGAGGUAGGUGGGGCUGGAGCUCAGAGCACGGCCCCCCAAUAGACCAGAGCUUCCCUGCGAUGCAUCUGAGCAUGUAUGCCCAACUUCUGCUGUGUCCCCGUACCAGUCACAGGAUAAUGUGGGAGGCCUCUGCGAUGCAAGCCGCCACCUUAAAGGACAAUCUAUUCCAUCAAUUUUACAUUGGAAGUACUUACAAGAAUUUGUAGAAGGUGACUAGUUACGUGUUGAGUGGAGUAACAAGUAAAGCGAAGUCCUUUAUUAAUACUUUGCAUGAGAAGUGGCGGGGACAUUGACAGCAUGCCGACUUUAGUAGUAGUGACAAGUUAAACUAGGGUCUUGUUAUCAGGAGUUUACUGUAUUUUCCAGAUAAAUGCUUUCAUCCAGCUUAUGAAUGAAAAGUGAAGCACUUUAUUUUAAUAUUUUAUUCCUCUGUAGUUGGAUAGUUGGUACUAUCCAAUCAGCUUUGUAUUCUGUUUUUUUUAAAAAAAAACUGUUGGAAAACAUGCACUUUAAUGCUUAAGAUGAGUUACUGAUUAUAUCGUAAAGUCAUGUCUGUUGGAAAUUGUCUCAAUAUUUUGCAUUGAUUCUUGAAUAACAAUUCUUUAUAACAAUGUUUUAUUUAUUUUAUAAGUGUUUUUUAUAUUAAAAUUAGUGUUGAUAAAUGCAUUUUACUACCAAAAUAUUGUAUGUUACACAUCAACCCAAAUUCUAUUGCUUUGCUGUACUUCAAAUAUUUAGAAAUGUGAUAAGCAUAAAUACGUUGAAUACUGGUUCAAUCCACUGCAAUUAUCCUUUGGGAGGAAGGAGGUAAUGAGGUCAAUAGCCAUUACAAUCCAGUUGUUGAGCUGAGGAACUUCCCUUCAUCCCACCCCUGUUGAUGUCAGAAAAAGAUUUGAAUGAAAUCACAUGAGAAAGAUUCUAACGCAAAAGCAGACCGAUGUCUGCUCUCAUCCCAGUUUUAACUUGACUUCAAAUGCUUUCUGCACAUAUGCUAGAAACUAAGCUGUCCUGCUGCACCUUCAAAAUGGUCCAGAGGGAGAGAAAAAGCAAUUCUAUCUAUUUUACCACAUCUUAGUGCUGGACUAGAGAACGGUAGUGCAUCCAACAAAAAUGAUCAUUUUAGUGCAGCCAACUUUAUUAAACAUUUCUUAAACACUG